AUGCUUCGCCUAGCUACCGGCAUUCGUCGAAACGGCCUCGUGGCCCCUGGGAGGAUAUGGACCCAGAGGACAUGGUCUGUGGGAGCGUUGGGACUGCGGAGGAUGGCAUCGACUGUAACAGAUCUCAGCAGCUAUCCCUCGGUGGGCGAGCGUCUACACGGCUUUACAGUCAAGGAAACAAAGCAUGUGCCAGAGCUGCACCUUUCAGCUAUCCUCCUCAAACAUGACAAGACGGAUGCGGAUUAUCUUCAUGUUGCUAGGGACGACAAAAACAAUGUCUUUGGGAUUGGGUUCAAGACUAAUCCCCCGGAUGCCACUGGUGUGCCCCAUAUUCUCGAACACACGACACUAUGUGGAAGUGAAAAGUACCCAGUGCGUGAUCCAUUCUUUAAAAUGCUCCCUCGGUCACUGUCCAACUUUAUGAACGCUUUUACCUCUUCCGAUCACACUACGUACCCCUUCGCCACGACGAACAAGCAGGACUUUCAAAAUCUUCUGUCCGUCUAUCUCGAUGCGACGUUGCAUCCAUUGUUGAAAAAAGAUGAUUUCAGGCAAGAGGGAUGGAGACUUGGACCCGAAAAUCCACUUGCUGCAGAACAGUCAGAUGCAAAGACCAAAGAGCUGGAUGAUAUCGUCUUCAAGGGUGUCGUCUACAACGAAAUGAAGGGACAAAUGUCUGAUGCCAACUAUCUCUACUACAUCCGAUUUAAAGAGAGCAUUUUCCCGGCAAUCCACAAUUCCGGUGGCGAUCCACAGUACAUCACAGAUCUGACACACGAACAACUAGUCCAGUUCUCCAAGAAGAAUUAUCACCCAAGCAAUGCCAAGAUAGUGACCUACGGCGACAUGCCGUUAGCUGAUCACUUGAAACAGGUUGGAGAAGUUUUGGAUGGGUUUGAAAAGAAAGAGGGGGACAAGGAUGUCAAGCUGCCACUCGAUCUCAGCCAAGGGCCUGUAGAAGUUACUCUACCUGGUCCUAUUGAUUCAUUUACUAGCGAGGACCGGCAAUCCAAGACUUCGAGCUCAUGGCUCAUGGGCGAUACGACUGAUAUUGUGGAAACCUUUUCGACCGGUAUAUUGUCUUCACUGUUGCUCGAUGGCUAUGGAUCUCCUAUGUACAGAGCUCUGAUUGAAAGCGAGCUUGGAUCGUCAUUCACGCCAAACACCGGGCUUGACACAGGUGCCAAAAAGCCAAUUUUCUCUAUUGGUGUAAAUGGCGUUCGCGAAGAGGAUGUCGGCAAAGUCCAAGAGGUGAUUCGUGGUGUUUACGAAGAAGUUAUCGCGACUGGAUUCAAUGAUGAAAAAGUACAAGGCUUCCUUCAUCAGCUAGAACUCGCAUUGAGACACAAGACCGCAAACUUUGGUAUUGGAGUCAUGGAAAAGACGUUGUCAUCGUGGUUCAACGGUAGCGAUCCUUUGAAAGAGCUUGCCUGGAACGAUGUCAUCAACGAGUUCAAAAGAAGAUAUGCCGAGGGCGGAUACCUCGAGUCUUUGGUACAAAAGUACUUGAUGAACGACAACUAUAUGAAAUUCACAAUGGUCGGGUCCCCAAACUAUAAUACCAACUUGGACGAGCAAGAAAAAGCUCGUAAAGAUGCGAAGCUUUCUGCGCUGAUCUCGGAGCACGGUUCUGCAGAACAAGCCAUUGCAGAGUUGGAAAAGUCUGAGCUCGAUCUACUCAAAGUGCAAGAAGACGCACAGCUUGCGGAUGUAAGCUGCUUGCCAACCGUUCAUGUCUCGGAUAUCUCAAGACAGAAAGAACGCAAGCCCAUUCGCGAAUCCAAGGUUGAUAAUAUUGAAGUGGUGUGGCGUGAAGCUCCUACCAAUGGUUUGACCUACUUCCAAGCAUUGAACCCAUUUGACGGUCUGCCUAAUGAGCUCCGUUUGUUGAUGCCACUCUUCCAUGACUGCAUCAUGCGUCUUGGUACACCUGGAAGGAGUAUGGAGCAAUGGGAGGACCUGAUCAAACUCAAGACCGGAGGGGUUUCUACCUCGUCUUACUUGGUUUCCUCACCGACUGAAUUGGGUAAGUUCAAGGAGGGCCUGCAAAUCAGCGGAUACGCUAUCGAUAAAAAUAUACCUACUAUGUUGGACAUUAUUCGCACUCUCAUUACAGAGACGGACUUUACAAGUCACGACGCUCCACGCAUGAUACUGGAAUUGCUUCGAUCCACGACCAAUGGCGCCCUGGAUGCAGUUGCUGGUACUGGCCAUCGUUUCGCAGUCAAUGCGGCGGCAGCUACUUUGAAUGAAAGUUUCUGGGUUCAAGAACAGCAAUCCGGUUUGGCCCAGCUGCAGGCGACAGCUAAUUUGUUGAAUGAUGCGACUACAUCACCUGAGAAACUUAAUGCUAUUAUUGAGAAGCUGCGCCUGAUUCAAAGCUUUGCCAUCUCUCAGUCGUCCAACAUUAGGGUACGCAUGGUCUGCGAAGCAGAGAGUGCCGCAGGGAAUGAAUCAUCACUACAAAAAUGGCUAGCAGCACUUCCCAAGUCAGGCACGAUGCCUAUUGUAUCUCAACAUCAAUCAGAGAUGCCUCCCACUCCUGUCGGAAAUGUUUUGUAUGAUAUGCCAUACAAGGUGUACUACUCAGGUCUCGCCAUGGAGACCGUUCCCUUUGUCGACCCCAACAGCGCAUCAUUGAGUGUCCUCUCCCAACUCCUGACUCACAAAUACCUACACCCUGAAAUCCGCGAAAAGGGCGGUGCAUACGGCGCGGGAGCCAGCAACGGACCCAUUAAGGGCAUCUUCACACUCUCCAGCUACCGCGACCCCAACCCCACAAACACAUUGAACGUCUUCAAGAAAACAGGCAUCUUCGCCCGCGAUCGUUCAUGGUCCGACCAAGAACUCGAAGAGGCGAAAUUGAGCAUCUUCCAAGGCCUUGAUGCGCCUACAAGCGUCGACGAGGAAGGAGCACGCUACUUCAUGAGCGGCGUGACGCAUGAAAUGGACCAGCGCUGGAGAGAGCAAGUUCUAGAUGUUACGGCCAAGGAUGUCAAUGAAGUCGCUGCCCGGUUCCUGGUUGGUGACGAGGGCUCAGUGCCACCCCGCCAGGCGCUUUGUGUCCUAGGUGAGAAGAAGGGGGAUCUCACCGCCACUGCGUUUGGGGCUGGUGGCGAGUGGGCUGUGAAGAAGAUUUCUUUGCAGUCUCAGGAAGCUGAGGUGGCGGAUGGUUUGGAUGUCAGUGCUGCUUCGGCAUGA